AGAACUGGGGUGGAGAAAAGCUCAGAGGCUAUCGCUUGAGUAGCAAGGCAGCAACCGGACUGGCAGUGUGCGCCGGGCCGGCCCACACGUGCGCGUUCUCCGAGUCCGCCCGAAGGUACGGAAACUCGCUGCGGAAGAAGGCAGGCAGGCGGAGGCCGGCGCUCCGUGUUCCUUCCCUGCUCCUCCUCCUCCUCCAGCCAGCCAGCCAGCCAGCCGCAGCGCCCCGCCGCACCGAGCCGGAGGAGAGCCCCGAGAAGCGCGCUAGGUGCGUGCUCGCGCCCGCGUCCCCGCCAAGCAAGCCCCUCUCCGCCGGGCGGAGCGAGCGAGAUUUUAUCCUGAUGGCUGACUCUAAACCACUCUUCUCCCCUGAUGGGGACCCCAUGGCUGCAGAAGCCUUGCUCCGGGAUGUGUUUGGGAUUGUUAUGGAUGAGGUCAUUCGGAAAGGGACCAGUGCCUCUGAGAAGGUCUGCGAAUGGAAGGAGCCGGAGGAGCUGAAGCGGCUGCUGGACCUGGAGCUGCGCAGCGAGGGCGAGGCGGCUGAGCGGAUCCUAGCACGGUGCCGGGAGGUGAUCCACUACAGUGUGAAAACCUGUCACCCGCACUUCUUCAACCAGCUCUUCUCAGGGUUGGAUCCCCACGCUCUGGCGGGGCGUAUUGUCACUGAGAGCCUCAACACCAGCCAGUACACUUAUGAAAUCGCCCCUGUGUUUGUGCUCAUGGAAGAAGAGGUGCUGAAGAAACUCCGGUCCCUUGUGGGCUGGAGCUCUGGGGAUGGGGUCUUCUGCCCUGGUGGCUCCAUCUCCAACAUGUAUGCCGUGAACCUGGCCCGCUAUCAGCGCUACCCGGACUGCAAGCAGAGGGGCCUCCGGGCGCUGCCGCCCCUGGCUCUCUUCGCAUCAAAGGAGUGUCAUUACUCCAUCAAGAAGGGAGCUGCUUUUCUGGGACUUGGCACCGACAGUGUCCGAGUAGUCAAGACAGAUGAGAGAGGGAAAAUGAUUCCUGAGGAUCUGGAGAGACAGAUCAGUCUGGCUGAGGCUGAGGGCAUUGUCCCGUUCCUGGUUAGUGCCACCUCUGGAACUACUGUGCUGGGGGCCUUUGACCCCCUGGAGGCAAUUGCUGAUGUGUGCCAGCGUCACGGGCUAUGGCUCCAUGUGGAUGCCGCCUGGGGUGGGAGCGUCCUGUUGUCACAGACACAUAGACAUCUCCUGGAUGGGAUCCAGAGGGCUGACUCUGUGGCCUGGAAUCCUCACAAGCUUCUCACAGCCGGCCUGCAGUGCUCAGCUCUUCUUCUCCGGGAUACCUCGAACCUGCUUAGGCGCUGCCACGGGUCCCAGGCCAGCUACCUCUUCCAGCAGGACAAGUUCUACGACGUGGCUCUGGACACCGGAGACAAGGUGGUGCAGUGUGGCCGCCGCGUGGACUGUCUGAAGCUGUGGCUCAUGUGGAAGGCACAGGGCGGGCAAGGGCUGGAGCGGCGUGUUGACCAGGCCUUUGCCCUCACCUGGUACCUGGUGGAGGAAUUGAAGAAGAGAGAAGGAUUUGAGUUGAUCAUGGAGCCAGAAUUUGUCAAUGUGUGUUUCUGGUUCGUGCCCCCCAGCCUGCGGGGGAAGCAGGAAAGCCCGGAUUACAGUGAAAGGCUGGCUAAGGUGGCCCCGGUACUCAAGGAGCGCAUGGUGAAGGAGGGCUCCAUGAUGAUCGGCUACCAGCCCCAUGGGACCCGAGGCAACUUUUUCCGCAUGGUCGUGGCCAACCCUGCUCUGACCCGGGCUGAUAUGGACUUCCUUCUCAACGAGCUGGAAAGGCUAGGCCAGGACCUCUGAGCUGCUGGCCCUGACACCCUACCUUGCCCUCACUGUCUCUGCGUUCCCUUCCUGUGUUCUCAGUAACAGAGGGACCUUAACAACCUUGAUAUGCCUUGACCCACUAACUCUCUUACGAAAUAUUUGCUAUUAGGAGAACAUUUAAAUAAAUUAUAGUAUAUCUAGAUCAUGGGAUGGUUCUCUGCCAUUAAAAUUAUGUUUAUAAACAAGAUUUUUACUGAUAGGAGGAAAGAUAAUUUUAAUAUAAUGUUAUAUUGAAAAAGCUGGAUACGAGACUUUGUAUAUAGUAAUAUCUGAGUGGUGUUCAGACAUACAUAGGAGAAGAUCGAUAAAAUGAAAUAUGCCAAAUAUUAAUAAUUUUCAAAUAAUAAUAAUAAUAAUAAGAAAACCUGGGAUGGGAUUAUAGGCAAUUUAAAAUUAAUUUUUAUACCUUUUGUGCUCCUCCCUUUAUUAUAUAAUGAAUAUGCAUUACUUUUAUAAUAGGGACAUAAUAAAGCAAAACCUUCAACAAUA